AUGCAUAAUAUUCCCUUCCUUGCUACAGGAGCUCGUCAUGGAUAUACAACUACCCUCGGAGAUUUACAAAAUGGGCUCGCAAUUGAUCUCUGUCAUUUUAAAGAAUUCGAACUUGACGCGGAUGCAAAACCUUUGACUGUUGGUCCUGGUGUUACCGUUGGCGAGAUAUUUGAUCCGUUAUUUAACGCUGGAUUUGACAUUCAGACUGGCAGCGCCCCUUGUCCCAGCUUCAUCGGCGUCACACUUGGCGGCGGCGUUGGCCAGUUCCAAGGCGUGUACGGCCUACUCGCCGAUGCGCUCAUCUCCGUUCGUCUCAUCACCGCCAACGGUGAAGUCCUAGAAGUUUCAAGAACCAGCUACCCCGAUUUGUUCUGGGCGAUUCGCGGUGCAGGUGCAAACUUCGGCGUUGUCACGUCUGCCACUUACAGUGUCCACCCACUGACAAACAACGGCGACAUGUUUAUUGCGGAAUUCAUCGUUCCGCCUCAAAGGUGGCCCGAGUACUUCCGCAUAAUGGAAUCCAUGUCACCCUUACCCGCUGAGCUAUCCUUGCUGCUACUCAACAGCUUCAAUACAACCACAAACCAGACCCAAUUGUUUGCACACUGGGCUUACAAGGGCCCUGAAGCUGAAGCACGGAAGCACUUAUCACCAAUCUUGAACAUGAACCUCACAGCAACUCAGAUGAGGGUUCUUCCGUGGAACAGACUCGUGGAGAACACCUUCGCUGGAGCUGCCGUCACUGUUUGUGACCCCAACACCAAUCGAAAUCUGUACACCUUGAGCAUGAAAAACUACUCAGCGUCGACUUGGGAAGCUGUAGCCUCCAAGUUGGCCACGUUCUACGCACGGUAUCCCCAGGCGCGCAGCUCUUCUCUUCUGUAUGAAUUCUUCCCGAAUCAAGCUAUGGCAGCCAUUCCAUUAGACGAGACUGCGUUUCCGCGAAGGGAUACCACAGCAUAUAUCAUACACGAUAGUGAGAUGGACAAUGCUCUAGCUAGGUUUGGUGAAGACAUUCGUCGAGAUGUAGCCGCAACAUCAGGGUAUCCAGAAAUCACCACCUUUGUCAAUUAUGCCCAUGGUGACGAAACGCUGGAACAGAUUUACGGAAAGGAAAAGCUACCACGCUUGGCAGCGCUGAAGAAGAUCUGGGAUCCCAAGGAAGUCUUUAGCUUCAACAAUGGCUUGCCAACCAGGUAUCCUUAA